GUUGUUAAUACUAAAACUCGAUAGAAAGAACAUGACCGUUGGUCAUCUUUGUUAAAUCAUUGCUUGCUGUCGAGUUUUGCAGCGCUCGCUACCUCGAUGGGAAGGAGGUAAAGUGUUUGAUGAAGUAAAGUUUUAGAUCGUGUUGUGAUCCUGGGGCCUUGCAAUCAAAUCAACGAGUAAAUCAUUGAUUGGUGGCAGGGGACUGAGAAAAGUGCUGUGUAGUACAGAAUUCUAGACACAUGUGAGAACAAUGGAUGCAGAGAAAGCAAAGGUGUUAUUUGAUGAAGGUGGAACCCUGGUGUUUCUGAACGUGCCAGAGGGUACAGAGUUUGGCAUUGACUACAACUCAUGGACUGUGGGUCCGAACUUCAGAGGGGUAAAAAUGAUCCCACCUGGCGUACAUUUUAUCUACUACAGUGCGGUUAACUCAGACCAGCAAACUGCUCCAAGGACUGGAUUUUUUCACAAUUUUGAGCAGAAAGAAAUUCUGGUGAAGGAGUGGGAUGCAUAUAUGGAAGAUAUCAAGGACAGUUCUGCUGAUGCCUCUACUGUGGAGAGAGUUCUCAUUAACAAACAGGAAAUGGAUCGGUUUUUGGGACACUACCCAUAUGAAAAUUACAAAAAGUGGGUGUCACUGACGAAUUACAUCACGCCUGGACUAGCCCAGUCUCUUCAGCCGGUUAACGGAAAAAUCUGUUCUGUGACAGAGUUUGUUUCAAAGUGUAGUACCUCACAAAGUAGGAAGCAGGAAGCAGAGGCAGAACUGAGGAAACCAGCUCGCAUGGAGGAUGGUGAAGGCUCAACUGCAUCCUCUAAACUGGCUGACAUGGAGAAAAGGCUACCAAAAAUGGAGACUGUUCCGGGCACAGAAAUCAGGUUCAAUCAGAUUCCAAAAAUUAAAUAUCCCCCUGGGUCUUCCCCAAAGGACAUGACCAAAUACAGUCUGGACUCCAGUUACGCCCUGAAGGCAAUGUUACAAAGCUGCUAUAAGAAACCAGACCAGAUGUUGGGCAUAUUAGGUGAAAUCCAGUUUAGUUUUGUAUGUUUUAUCGUUGGACAAGUCUACGAUGCGUUUGAACACUGGAAGCGUUUGGUUCAUCUCUUGUGUUCGUGUGAAGAAGCCCUGUCUAGUGACACUGAUCUGUUCAUGAAGUUUAUUUCCCUCAUGCACUUUCAGCUGAGGGAAAUCCCGGAAGACUUCUUUGUAGAUAUUGUCUCUUCCAAUAACUUCUUAACGAACACUCUGCACGAGUUCUUCUCAAACGUCAAGCACAGUUCAGCAAGCGACGCUCUCAAGAAGAGAACUGAAGAGUUCUGCAAAAACUUGACUAAAAAAUAUAACUGGGACUUUGAAACGGAGCCAGAUGACCUGGCCCCAGUUGUUGUGGAUCUGAACUGAAGGAGUUUCCUUCUCACACAACAAAAUAGUUUUUUUUGGUUGGUCGUGUCCACAGUCAUGUUGUCUUUGGUAGUUAUGUUUUCUAGGUGUAUAUUAUGCUGAGGUCAUAACAGAUACUUCCACAUCGUGAAAACAAUUUUGCACCUUGAGAUAUUAAUUUGUGAAUUGUAUUAACCAUGCAUAAAUUAGAGUACUUUUUUGAUAUCUUAAUAAAUGACUUGUUUAAAUGAA